UCCAGAGACCUGACGUGUGUGCAGGGUGGGGAGAGGAGUGACUGUCUGCAGAGGAUGGGAGGUGUCCGGCUCCAAACUUAUAAGCUCACACACAACACACACUCAUAUUCACUACUCAGCCGGCAGCAUCACAGCUCUCCCUGACCUAAAGGCUCAGCAACAUGGGGCGCCAGAAGGAGCUUCUCAACAGCAUCAGCGGCAUGCUGCGCAUCCGCAACAAGCUGAUCCGCCAGGCGCUGGCCGAAUGUCUAGGCACCCUCAUACUUGUUAUGUUUGGCUGUGGUUCUGUGGCUCAGGUGGUCCUCAGUAAAGGCUCCCAUGGUCUCUUCCUGACUGUCAAUCUGGCUUUUGGAUUUGCCGUCAUGCUGGGUAUCAUCAUUGCCGGACAGGUUUCAGGCGGCCAUCUCAAUCCAGCUGUAACUUUUGCCUUGUGUAUCAUGGCAAGAGAACCUUGGAUCAAGUUCCCUAUUUACACCCUGGCACAGACCCUAGGAGCGUUCCUUGGAGCGGGCAUUGUUUAUGGCUUGUACUAUGACGCCAUCUGGUAUUUUGCAAACGACCAGCUCUAUGUCACGGGUCCCAAUGGCACAGCCGGUAUCUUCGCCACUUACCCUACAGAGCAUCUCACCCUAAUGAAUGGCUUCUUUGACCAGUUCAUUGGAACUGCAGCUCUAGUCGUGUGUGUCUUGGCUAUUGUUGACCCCUACAACAACCCCAUUCCCCGUGGUCUUGAGGCUUUCACUGUUGGGUUUGUCGUCCUUGUCAUUGGAUUGUCCAUGGGCUUUAACUCUGGCUACGCUGUCAACCCUGCUAGGGACUUUGGUCCGCGACUCUUCACCGCCUUGGCUGGCUGGGGCACAGAAGUCUUUAGUGCUGGCGGGCAGUGGUGGUGGGUCCCCAUUGUCUCACCUUUACUUGGAGCUUUUGCCGGAGUUCUGGUCUACCAACUAAUGAUUGGCUGCCACAUUGAGCCUGCACCAGAGUCGACUGAACAAGAGAAUGUCAAGUUGUCUAAUGUCAAACACAAAGAGAGGAUCUAAAGAGACUAGAGGACUGAACGCUCAUAACAUGGCUGCAACUAGCCAAGAACAAGAUGGCGGGCGACCUCCGCGUGUCUUGGACAUUAGAUAUUUCUUGUAUACUAUUAGUAGCUUGUCGGAUGUGCAGAAACCUCAUCCCUUAUUGAGCAGAUACGGCUUCCCUUACCAUGCUCUGUACAUCAAGCAUCUAUGGACUAUGGCAUUGAAUUAUGUAAGAGCACCGUAUUUAAUCCAAUUUUUGUCAAUUUACAAGGGCAUCUAUACUAUAGAAGUAACCCCAAUAACUAUUACGGGCCUUUGGUGAGGAGGAAGGCCCUGCUUGCUCUGUACCAUCAACUGUCUCUCUUUCCAAACUCCUCAAUGUAAUCAAAAACAGGGGAAAAUGGGACCUCCAAUGGUCAGGCUGUCCAUCUCUCCUGUAAGAGGUGGAAUUAGAAAGGAGGCAUCAAUCUGUGUACUCUCUGGAUCCAGGGAUUACAGCUUGGGGUGGUAUGAACCAGCACUAGGUUGGGGACCCAUCUGGAUGAAUACUAUCUCUUCUUCUAUCUAUUCCUCCUUACAGCACUGAAUGCAGCUCUGUUACUGAGUUUCUUGAGUUUUAUAAAGUAUUUAGCCUUUCUAACAUAGACUAAUAUUAUUUUUUUAAUUUUUAUAGGGAAGGAACAAUUAAAAACAAAUAUAACAAAUUUCGUGAAUAUUGACGAAGCCCUUAAAAUUAAGUUCCCCGACUAGUGGUGUACAUCGGACAUAGGAAGCCCCAUAGAAAAGGUUGAAAUGGGCCUCCUAUUAUGGUGUCUGAUUUUUUACCCCGUGGACAGAAGGGUCUGGUUUUUAUUUCCCUUAACUCACAUGACCCAUUGGUCAAUACCCCCCCCCCCCCCCCCCACUCCAUUAAUUUGAUGACAAUACAGUUCCCUGGAGAGAGGAGUUCUGCACAGUGUUUGUCAAUAGAAAAGGGGCUGGCCCCCCUCUCUUAAAGGACCCCAUCGCAGCUGCAGGGCUAACCCCUAUGGUACGUCUGCCCUUGUCCCUGGCCGGAAAUGCAAACUAUUCUUUUAUGUUACUAACCAAGUCUCCAAAUCUUGCAGCUCUACUUUACUGUAUUUGACAGGACAGGUGACUCAUGAUGUCUAUCAACCAAUUGUCUACCUGUCUGGAUGACAACCAUGUUCUUUGCAUGUGAUUAAAAGAAGAAAACAUAAACUGAACUGAUCUUUUACAGCAACAGUGUCACUCUUGUCCAAAUGCUAUGUCUGGUAUUACAACCUAUCCACCUUAAAGGGGUACUCUGGAGAGAUUUUUUUUUCAAUUUAACUGGUUCCAGAAAGUUAUACAAAUUUGUAAAU